GCUAGUUCUUUAUAAUAGCCGCGCGUUGCUUUGCUCGGUCUCUUUCUUUCACGCGACCCUCAAGCGCGACAUUACCUUGUCUUUAAAACAGCUUUAAAGCGAAUCCUUGGAAGCACUGCAAAGAUGCCCAGGGAAGACAGGGCCACGUGGAAGUCCAACUAUUUUAUGAAAAUCAUCCAACUCCUGGAUGACUACCCAAAAUGCUUCGUUGUGGGAGCCGACAACGUGGGCUCCAAGCAGAUGCAGACCAUCCGCUGUUCCCUGCGUGGCAAAGCAGUGGUGCUGAUGGGAAAAAACACCAUGAUGCGCAAGGCCAUCCGUGGCCACCUGGAGAACAACCCCGCUCUGGAAAAGCUUCUGCCCCACAUCAAGGGAAAUGUUGGUUUUGUCUUCACCAAGGAAGACCUGGCAGAGGUCAGGGACUUGCUGUUGGCCAACAAGGUGCCAGCUGCUGCCCGUGCCGGAGCCAUAGCCCCCUGUGAUGUGACCGUGCCUGCCCAGAAUACUGGACUGGGUCCUGAGAAGACCUCUUUCUUCCAGGCUUUGGGUAUCACCACCAAGAUCUCCAGGGGAACUAUUGAAAUCCUGAGUGAUGUCGGCCUCAUCAAGACUGGCGACAAAGUUGGUGCCAGCGAGGCCACGCUGCUCAACAUGCUGAACAUCUCCCCCUUCUCCUUCGGACUCAACAUCCAGCAAGUGUACGACAACGGCAGCGUCUACAGUCCUGAUGUGCUUGACAUCACCGAGGCCUCUCUGCAUGCCAGGUUCCUGGAGGGUGUGAGGAACAUCGCCAGCGUGUGUCUUCAGAUUGGCUAUCCUACACUGGCCUCUGUUCCCCAUACAGUCAUCAAUGGCUACAAGAGAGUCCUGGCUAUUGCUGUGGAGACAGAUUACUCCUUCCCUCUGGCAGACAAGGUCAAAGCCUUCCUGGCUGACCCAUCUGCCUUUGCUGCCGUCGCAGCACCAACAGCAGCUGCUGCCGCCACACCGGCUGCUGCUGCUGCCCCCGCCAAGGAGGAAGUCAAGGAGGAGUCUGAGGAAUCAGAUGGCGACAUGGGCUUCGGGCUGUUUGACUAAAAUACUAAGAUCUAACAAUAAAUGUGUCAAACAUGA